GUGAGAUUGACAUGCCAUUCAUAACAUCUCGUGUUUAUCCUUGCUGUACUACCACUCUUGUCUUCGCAGUUCCCUGGCUCGAUAGGAUGUUGAGUAUAGCACAUGCCAGUACCCGUGAGACCGUUCGAAGCCACAGGCAAGCAGAUCUUUACGACAUCGACAUCGCUGGGCGCGUAUCGAUAUCUGCAGGCCUUCAGCAAACACCCACUCAGCCAACAAGCUUCAUUCCUACAUAACGUGUAAAUCUUCACCAUGAAAGACUCCCCGGUAAAUGAAGAUAAGGUGUUCGACAAGGCGAGGCAUAGGUGCAAUAAUCCAGCAUGCUACGCCAAUGGAGCGGAGGUUAAGCUGUUCCUCUGCACGGGGUGCAGAAUGGCAAAGUAUUGUUCGAAAACUUGUCAAAAGGAAGACUGGUCGAACCACAGGAAACCGUGCAAGCAAAAUGUCCAGCACGAAGCAGCCCUUCGAAAUCCCUUGAACCCUCUAAACCUCCUCCCUCUUCCAGAUGGUCUUACACCGUCGGAGCUGGACUAUCACUUGGAGAAGUGGAUCGCAUUUCACCACCAACCGACCCUUAUGUAUGCGGUCAUCAAUGCCCUCGACCUCCCCAGCGACAUCUCUAGAGCCAACACCCACAUUCUCCGGAUCCGCCUGUCUUUUCGCAUGGGGCACAUCAACACUCACCGCGCCGAUCCACAACGCCCGCCACCUAAUGAUCGCAAGGAGACGCAUGCUAAGGACUUCGUGGUGGUGACGGCGGAGGCGAUCACCAUGGAAGAGGCGCGCAAGCUUAGGGCUCCCUGGCCCGAGAGCAUUGCAGACCUUCAGAGCAUGCAGAUCGAGAGCGAGCGCAAUAAUCGCGGGUCCAUUGCGGUCGCCGCGAUCGAAGCAUUCCCGCUCGGGAUGCAGUGCGUUCCCUGCGGAAGUCUCAGGGCCUCAAGCCUCAAGACAUGGAUGACCGACGCCAACUGGAAGGCGACGCUCAUUGAUCAGGUACAGAAAGGUGAAAAGCUUCAUUGAGGGGUAGAGGCCUCGAGGGGAUUGGGCGCACGUAUUUAGUACAUUGACGCAUGUAAU